UCAACGCCACACAUCCGCUCAACUUUCUCCUCUCAACUCUCGAGUGAUAUAGCAUCCAUCAGCGCAUCACAUGGAGCAAACCUAGCUAGAUACGAAGGUCCUUGGCCCCAGUAAUAAGACGAUUCCUAUCCCGGCUGACCGAGACACGGGAUUUUAUGCAGGCUUCCCGUUCAGAAUUGACAGGCGCUGGUUGGUAAAGCUUGCAUGCAGCAGCGAAUCGCAACGCCGGUAUAUGCCCUAGUAGCAGACCUGGAUUCUUGAAUAUCUCCUUAUACCUCUCCUUUCUUUCUAAGCCUUGAAUCCAACUCGUGGCUGGGCAGGAUAAUCCAAGAGUACUUCGGGACCUCGACGUUUCUGUCCGGCUGGCUCCCGGGAUUCCGUCAAUUGACGGACCUGUUACGAUUCUCCUAAGAUGCCAGCGGAACUUGGGAAACGAGGAGGGAUGACGGUUGACGAGAGACGUGAACGGAAAAGAGCUUUGGAUAGAGACGCGCAGAGGAAUCUACGGGAGAAAACGAGGAACCGAAUCGCGAGUCUUGAGGCCCUUGUUCAGACACUCCAGGAUGAAAAAUGCGGUGACAAGCGGAUACGUGAGCUCGUUGCUCAACUCCAUGAAGCCCAGGAUGAGAUCCAGAAUCUGCGGGACACCCUAUCGAGCAUUGAGAAGCUCCUGACGAAGUCUCGGUCGUUCAACCAUCAAGAUGAUUUGGAGUUCGAAUCUACACCUCACGGGAUGGAAGAGAUGGAGAAGAAACCGGUGAGCGUCGCUGAUUCUCCCGCUAUGCUGAGACCCAACCUAUCCGUCGGAACGGGGACCGAAUCGCGGGUCAACUUGGAUUACUUGGAUAUGUCAACUCUACUUUCGAAACCACAACAGUCACCCGAUCAGGUAGACCGUCCAUUCGAAGGUCUUUCGACAUCUCAAGUCCCCAAUACCUUCCAGCUAGAGCCCUUCGGAGACUUUGGACGUAAAACCGCGCUCUACCACCAGGAGGUGCCCGAUCCUCUCGAUGUCGACCAUAGAUGCGGGUUCCUUUCAGAGGUCGCGCAGGCAGUCGAUCUCGAUCCUACCAGUGAUCAGAUUCCGCUUCACACGUCUUCGUCCGUAAAUCUAUCAGAUCCAAUUGCUCAGAUCACGAAUACGAUUCUCAGGAAACAAAUCGAUGGAAAGCUAUGGUACCUGGCCAAUGAUUGUUUACAGUAUAUAUUAACCCGGCCGACCUACGCUCUCUGCUCGGUUGACACAGACGAGGACAUAACUAUCAGAGCAUUUCUAGAAGGAUGGUCGGCCGUGGAACAAAAAUAUACUCUCGAUGGGUGCUGGAAGUGGUUGAAAGCUUUGGAUUGCCAUCUCUUUUCUCACCUUGGAUUCGCGGACAGAGCUUCAAUCAUACACGGAAUCCGACGGAGCUUCUCGUCCAGGGUUAAACGGGUUAGGAAGGAUGACGACACCACUCCACCGUUUACCCACCCAAGUCUAGCACAACUACACAUCCAGCAUGAUCCAAUUGUGGAUUUCUUCGUCUGGCCCGGCCUCCGCGAACAAAUGAUCUUCAACCGCACCCGAUUCGCCUGCGACCGCUUCGUCAGUGCCUUCUGCACCAACUACCUCUUCCUCUGGAGCCACGACCUGCGCGAUAUCUACCACCACGACCCUGCCACGGGCCUCUACGCGUUCUCAUCGCCCUGGCACGCGCACGUCAUGGAUCUGCAUUGCUUCCAGAUGCGGCCCGGCUUCUUCGAGCUGUUUCCGGAGCUGAGGUCGGAGAUGUCGUGUUCGGUGAGUCAGUGUCUGGUAUCUAGGGAGUUGAGGCCGCAUUGUUGUGGGGAAGAUGGGAAAGGGGGGAGUAGAGAGCAAAAGGGGAUAGAGUGAUCCACAGCGACGUUUUUAGACACUAGAGGAGGAGAGGGGAGGGAUAUAAAUCUGUGAGUGAGCGGUGGAAUAAUGAUUCACCAUAAUUGUGCAACUCUAUUCUUA